AGCCACCAUCUCGCCGAAACCAACCCUCGACCAACUCUCGUUAAUGGCCAAUCUCGUUCGCUCUGCGAAGUCCGGGAGUGACUGGACUGAUAAUGACCUCGACGCCUAUAACAUCCAGAUACGAUUUGAAGAUGCGGCAACAUUCUUCGGAACCGACAACCUGCCCCUGCCCGCAGUCGAUGAGGAGAUCCUGACUACGCAGGAGGCGGAAGACAUGGUACAUGAUAACAACGCGGAGCUCAUCAAUCUCCUGGAUCUCGCUAUGAAACCCAGAUCAGCCGAGGAUUCCGCUGUCGUCGACUUCGCCGUCCAGCUGUUCAGACAACUCGGCUACGCGAAACGCCACAGAGUCGCUCGCACUCGAAAGGAUAUUCCACUCUUCAUCUGUGGAGAGUGGAGACACGCGAAGACGGACGUCUGCCUCGUCGAUCGCCUGCAUAACGACAUCCUUCUCGUCGUCCAAGAGGAUAAGCGUUUUACCCCGGACGACCUGUGCGAGCCUCGAGCUCAGCUGAUCUACGAGGUGAUUGCCGCAUUCGACUAUAACAAUCGUUUGCGACAGUCGGCAGGAGAGGCGACUGUCGAAUUCAAGAUCAUGCCGGGAAUUGUCCUAGUUGGCACAACACCCACCUUCUACAAAAUUCCCGUCACCGAGUCCCUCGUGCGCGACAUGCACCACGGCACAUAUCCAACAGAAACGACCAUCGUUUCCGCGCAUGUCCCUACUCUCUCCAGGCCUAACCGCCGCUACAGCGAGGGAAUGAAGCCUCUUGACAAUAGGCAGGCCAUACUUCGUUGCUGCGAAGGGUUCAAAGGUGUUGUAGGAAUACAAGAUUUAUACUCUCCAGAAGCCAUCAGUUCUUGUCAUACGAGCAUACGAGACCUGCCUGCUAAGCGAAUGAGACGCUCGAUGCUCGGUCGAGCAUAGGCAGAAAUGACCACCACCGCUGCCUGAGUCCGAGGCAGACAACGUCGCCCAUACCCACCCGCCAUCGUUUUCGUCGCUGUCUCGCGAACCCCGUAGCUGAUGCAGAUGCAUGACGCUUGCUUGCUUCACCGCCUCGAUGCCACCUCCUCACCUCGGUCCCUACAUCCAGCCCGAGGCGCAAACUUGUUAGAUGUUGUAUUCUGAUUGUAUUGAUAGGAUACCACUUACUUAUCGCAGUAUAAUUGAUCUCAC